UUGACACUCACAAGAAAGGCUCUUCUUUUAAUGUCGUGUUGAACAGCACAUGCUGAUAUGAUUAUUGAAUAUAUUUUAUUGCAUGUCUAAGUCUCUCAGUGAGUAUAUCCUUCUGUAAACAAGCUGUUUGGUUUCGUAUCCGCGUGUUCUGCAUUGCACCUCGUGUGUAGUCAUGGAAACGGACGCGUCUCUCCUCGGCGUUGAACUGGAACAGAAACAGCAAGAAGAGCUGUAUCAACAACUUUUGCUGCAGACCAUGGGAAAAGUGCAAAGUGAAAGUCCCCCUUCCAAAGUCAUCCGUCCACAACCUGGCAUGUGCGUGAAGACCUCCUCAAUGUCAGACAAAAAGAAGGUCUUUCUGAAUAUCUGUCAGUCACAGGCGGUGCCGCCCCCUCCACAUCUGUCCCAGGAAGCACUCGUGGAACUACUGGAGUCAGAGGACCCGACGAGUUACAGAGUGCCCAUGAGUCUCGGCGAGCCGCGUACAGAAGUGGACAACAGCUCACAAGGCUGUACUGUGUAUGAUGUCGUGAUCAACGAUGAGUUCUUCCAGAAAUGUCAGAAAGAUACACUGUUCCAGCAGUUUCUUAUUGCAGUUUCUUUGGAGGGACUGGAAAACAAAUACAACCUUGAGCUGAGCAGAGAUGUUAAAAUUUUGAAGAACAGGAAGUUCAUGGGCUCCAUAGCAGAACAAAAUAUUCGCACCAAGAGCAAGCCAAUUAUCCAGGAAAUUGACUCAAAGGAAUCUGAAUCCUUGCCUUCAUCAACCAAACGUCCAGAGUUCAGUUUAUUAGUGGAGCCCCCAAGUGGAAGUGCAGAGCAUCUGAUUGCUGAGAUCCAGCUUCCUGGAGUGAUAUCUGCUCGCUCUCUUGUUCUGGAUUUGGGAGAAGACAGACUAGUGCUGAUUGCUCAACCUCUUUUCCACUUGGAUAUUUUCUUUCCCCUGCUUAUUGACCAAGAAAACAGUGUUGCCCAGUUCAAUACAAACACGCAGAUGCUCACAGUGACCAUGCCAGUAGUGUCUUCAUAAAAACUAUUGCAACGCUAUUAUUUCAUAAUAAACUUCAUUUUGUAUACAGAAAGUGUUAUGCGUGUUGCUCAGUAAGAUUUAAUCAGUAACUAAUUAUAUAAAGGUUGAAUAUAUAAACAAAUUAUAUAAUAAUUAUAUAUAUUUUUUUUAGAGAUACAUUUCUGACAAUGUCUCUCU